GUGGGCGUGUGUUUGCCCGGCGCGUGCCUGUGCGCGUGGCCGUGUCCAGGUAUGUGAUCGUCGGCAGUCAUGGGGAUGUUUUACUCUCACCCGGCGUGUCAGGCAGCCUAUGACGGGGACUUAAAUGGUCUUUACCGGCUCCUGAAAGACGACCCAAAAAACCUCGACAUCCAGGAGAGACAUAACGGGGACACGCCCCUCAUCGCUGCCUGUCGCCGUGGAAACGUGUUGACAGUCAAAUACCUGCUGGACAACCAGGCAAACGUCCACCUGACCAAUAAGAAACAGAGGACAGGUCUUCAUUACGUGUCUAAGAGGACAUUCUCUCUGCUUGAUUACCUGAUGAUCACCGUCCUCAUGCCCAUCCUGCUGCUCGGCUACUUCCUCAUGUUACAGAAACAGAGACAGAGAGUGAGACUGAUGGAAGUCGUCCUGAGCAGCAACAUCAACGUCAACGCUGUCGACUAUAAAGGAAACACAGCUCUUCACUACGUCUGUGAGAGGAAAAGUCAUCGUCUGGUUCCUCUGCUGCUUCACAGAGACGCUGACACCAGCAUCCAAAACAAUGACGGGGAGACAGCGCUGGACGUCGCCGUCAGACUGAAGUUCACUAAAAUCGUCUCCCUGCUGAAGACGCAGUGAUGGACAGACAUGAGGACAGAGACAGAUUUCUAGGUUUGAUUUAAUUAAAAGCAAAAAUAGUCAUGUGAUCUUACUGUAAACAAACAUUAAGCCCCGCCCACCACAUGACCUCCCGUGGCUAAUGCUAACAUAACACUUGAGUAACAUUUAUCAUAAGAGGUCAGUGUGAUGUCAUUAAUGAGGGGGAGGGGCCAAUGAUCACACCCCUUCACAAUAAAAGCAUAUAAAAUCAAA